CACACAACUGAAACCUCUUUUUGGAUAAAGAAUGGCUAUAUUUUUCCGCUGUGCAUGACAGUGCUCAAUUUUGGUAUCAGCAUGCAAUAUUAUAUCAGUGCAUGAAAUUCGAAUUUUGUGAAUUGCAUUGUUUGUAUCUCUGUUAUUUCAAUAAGUUAUUAACUUGCUUCGUAUCAUUUCGACAUACAUAUAUGUGUAUAUGCUUAACGAUUUAUGCAAUAAAAGGUCUGAAUUGCAAAUGAGCACACUAAUGAAUCAUUACUUAAAUGUAAUUGAUGUUGCAUUCAUGACAGAAGGAAACACUCUGAGAUGAGUCUAGUAUAACACUAAAGUGUAGGGCUAGAUAAUUUUCAGAACUUGAAGAAUAAUGCAGAAAGUGCGAUUUACAAAUAUUAACAAGUAAAAUGCUUCCAAAGGAGUGACUUUACUGGGUUCAUUUGUAUAAUCAGUGUAUAGUGAGUAAUGGAUUACAAUCUAUCUUUGUGCUCUAACUUGCCCAAAGGUACUGUUAUAAGGAUAGUUUUUGUAGUCAAUGACUUGGCUAUGCAACAUUUGGAACUUAUUCAUGUAUAUGGACAGUUUCUUGCCCAAAGGUGUGACUGAGUCUAUAGUUUAAGUAUGGCAAGAAAAUUCUGUAAUUAUUUCUUGGUCAUAGAUUUACAAAAUUCUCCAAAUUUGAAGCAGGUUUCAAUAUGAUGAGUUUGGUUAAUGUAGAGAAAUUGAAUGGCAAUAAUUUCAAGGCAUGGAAGCAGCAGAUUGAAAUGAAUCUUGGUAUGUUGGAGUUUAACAUUGCAUUCAAGGCUCCUCAACCUUCUGCAUUGACAGAUCAGAGUACUGCACAAGAAAGAGAAUUCUUUGUGAGAUGGGAUAGGGCAAAUCAAAUGUCCUUACUUAUCAUGCAGAAUUCAAUGGAGGAACACAUCAGGGGAGGAAUUUCUAGUUGUGAUUUGGCUAAGAAUUACAUGGACAGAGUUGAAGAGAAAUUUAAAAGGUCAGACAAGGCUGAAACUGGUGCAUGUUUGUCAGCACUCAUUAACACAAAACAUGAUGGUUCUGGAAGCAUUCGUGAGCAUUUGUUAAAAUUGGUCAACAUUGCAAACAAGUUAAAUGCAAUGGAUAUUGAAAUAACAGAUCAAUUUCUUGUGCACAUGGCACUGUACUCUUUGUCCAAUGAUUAUGAGCAACUGAAAGUGAGUUAUAACACACAGAAGGAGAUUUGGAGUAUUAAUGAGUUAAUUGCUAUUUGCUGUCAAGAAGAGGAAAGACUGAAGAAGAUGAGGGCUAAGACUAGUGACUUUGCCAACCCAGUAAGUGCUGGAAAAGGCAAGGGAAGAUUACUACAGUUCACAUAAAUGAGAAUUACAAGGGAAAGAAGCCAAUUGCAUUCAAGAAGUCUAUGCCCACUGCUGGAACAACUUAUGGUUCCAAGAAACAGUUCAAGUCUACUGUGAUACCUGCAAAAGCUCAUGCUACCUCCAUUGCUUCUGGACCUAAGAAUAAUAACAAUGGUGUCAAAAGAUGUCAUUUUUGUCAUUCUGAGGAUCACUUAAGAAAGGAUUGUCCUGGUUUUAAAGCUUGGUUAAUCAAGAAAGGGAUUUCAAAGCCAGAAGAGAACAAGUAAGGAGAUCUACAAUGUUUAUGUUGGAAAUGGGAAUAAAGUUGCAGUUGAGUCUGUUGGUUCUGUCAAACUGAGAUUGUCAACUGGUUAUGUUUUAAAUUUAAGUAAUGUACUUUAUGUUCCUUCCAUGAGAAGGAACUUAUUUUCUGUAAUUCAAUUUGUCAAGGAUGGUUUUUCAUUUGUAGGGGAUGUUAAUCAAAUUAAAUUUUAUUUC